AUGCAGUUCACCACUCUCCUCCUCACCGCUGCCGCUGCGGCCCUCGCUUCCGCUGGCCAGGUUAACUUCUACUCGGACACAAACUGCCAAAACUACAUUGGUGAAUCGCGCCCGGGUUCCUUCACCACUGUUGGUGGCCCAGCAGGUUCCUUCUCCGCUCUCUGGGUAAGCGGCGACCAGUGGUCCUGCAGCAGCACCUGCGGGCCCUACAUCAUCUGCGGCGACGCGGGAUGCAGUCGGCGCAAGGCGACGGGCAUUGGCCGCUGUGUUACGUUUAACACUGGUGUUUGGGCGAGGAAUGGGUGUGGUCAGGAUAUGUGUGGGAAUGCUUAG